AUGCCAGUAUCGAUGAAACAAUUUUCCACAUCUUCAUUAAAGGGGGACUUGUUUAAGUACCAAAAAGACUUACCUAGAUUACCAGUCCCAGGAUUGCAGGAAACAGCAAAUAAGUAUGUGAGAUCUGUGGAACCAUUUUUAACCAAGGAGCAGUUGAGCAGUACCCAAGCCAAGGUAAGCGAUUUCACUAAGCCCGGGGGAAGUGGUGAAGUAUUACAACAGCGUUUAGUUGAAUUUUCAGAAGGCAAAGAUAACUGGCUUGCUGAAUGGUGGGAUGAUUAUGCAUACAUGUCUUACAGGGACCCAGUUGUGCCGUACGUGUCGUACUUUUUCUCGCACAAAGACAUCAAUAAUGCUAUUGGAAAGGACCAAUUGUUGAAAGCAUCUUUGAUUGCAUACUACACUCUUGAGUUCAUGGAACAGGUGCAAAACGAAACUUUGGAGCCUGAAAUCAUCAAGGGUAAUCCAUUCUGUAUGAAUGCCUUCAAAUACAUGUUUAACAACUCGAGGGUUCCAGCUGAGAAUUCUGAUAUCACCAAGAUAUACAACGGAUUAGAACACAGAUAUUUUACUAUUAUUAUCAAGAAUCACUUUUAUAAGGUUUACCACCACACUACAAGUGGCCAAAAGUUAAGCAAGGCUGACAUUUACAAGCAAUUGCAGUAUAUUUUCCAAGAUGCUACCAACAAGCCAAGAGGUUUACCUAUUGGUGCUUUGACUUCGCUUAACAGAGAUGAAUGGUUAAAUUCUUACAACAAUUUGACCAAGUCUCCAAUCAACAAUGCGUCUUUAGAGUCUAUCUUCGCUUCUUCAUUUGUUAUUUGCUUGGAUGAUAAUAACCCAAUUACUAUUGAAGAAAAAUCUAGAAACUGCUGGCACGGUGAUGGUCAAAAUAGAUUUUUUGACAAACCAUUAGAAUUCUUUGUUAGUAGCAACGGUAACUCCGGAUUUUUAGGUGAACACUCUAAAAUGGAUGCCACCCCAACCGUACAAUUAAAUAAUUUUGUUUACUCCCAAUUGACCAAAGAAAACCCAGCUGCUUUAUUAUCAGAAAUUGCUACCGAUACCAAACAAUUAUCUGAUUUACAAGUUGAAGCUACUCCAGAAGUUUUGCAAUUUGAUAUCAGUCCAGUCGUUAGAAAUGAAAUUAGUCAGGCUAUUGUCAAAUUCAAUGAAACUAUUUCUUCUCUUGAUCAAGAAACAUUCCAAUACUUUGGUUACGGUAAGAAUUUAAUUAAGCAAUUUAAGGUUUCCCCAGAUGCUUACGUUCAGAUGUUAAUGCAAUUAGCUUACUUCAAGAUGACUGGCAAGCUCAGACCAACUUACGAAUCCGCUGCUACCAGAAAAUACUUAAAAGGAAGAACAGAAACUGGUAGACCAGUUUCUGUUGAAUCGGCUGCUUUUGUUAAAACAUGGACUGAUAACAAUGCUACUGUUGAAGACAAAGUUGCCACCUUCCAAGCUGCUUGUAAGCAACACAUCAAGUUCUUAGGUGAUGCUUCUGAUGGUAAAGGUGUUGAUCGUCACUUAUUUGGGUUAAAGCAAAUGUUGAAGCCUAAUGAGCCUGUUCCAGAAAUCUUCUCUGACGAGAUCUUCAGUUAUUCUUCUUCGUGGUACCUUUCUACUUCUCAAAUUCCUUCUGAAUAUUUCCAAAGUUGGGGUUUCUCUCAAGUCAUGGAUGAUGGUUUUGGAUUAGCGUACUUAAUUAACAAAGAUUGGAUAAAUGUUCACAUUUCAUGCAGAAAGGGUAACGGCUUGAGAUCUGAUGUCAUGAAGUGGUACUUAGUUGAAUCUGCUAACGAAAUGAAGCAAAUCUUAAGUAGUACUUUAGCUCCAAAAGCAAAAUUGUGA